GUGAUGUAUUAUACAGUAAUAACUAUUAAAUAUUUGAAUAAGCUCAAUGCUGUAGUCUGUAAACUCCAAUGUGCAUCAAAACAUGAGCAAGAGUACCUAAGGUUUUAACUCCAGAGCUAGGUACUAUAGGUAGUAUUUAGUUACCAUCGUGUUGGCUGAGUUUUAUUAGUACUUUUUUAUAUGAUUGCUGUACGAGGAUCCUCAAAUUUCAGUAUGUCAUGUAGCCUCAAAAAAAUUCCCCUGAGAAAAGUCCAGUCCACCAAGUCGGCUUCAGACAACCGUGAGGUACGCAAGGUGCCUGUACCGUCACAUAGACUCACGCCACUCAAGGAACACUGGUUAAAGAUCUACACGCCAGUCGUCGAACACCUUCGGUUGGACAUUAGGUUUAAUGUUAAAUCCAGAAAUGUAGAAAUCAGAAAUCCCGUUCUUGAGGAUGAGGUUGGAUCGCAACACUUGCAAAAAGCUGCUGACUUUGUCAAGGCGUUUGUCUACGGUUUCGAAGUUGAAGACGCGUUGGCGUUAAUAAGACUGGACAAUCUGUUUGUCGAAUCUUUUGAAGUAAAGGACGUAAAAACUUUAAAAGGAGAUCAUUUGUCACGUGCAAUUGGACGAUUAGCUGGAAAAGGAGGUCGAACAAAGUUCACCAUUGAAAAUGUUACAAAAACCAGAAUAGUGUUGGCAGACUCAAAAAUUCAUAUAUUAGGAUCAUUUCAAAAUAUUCAAGUAGCUAUGAGAGCUAUUUGUAAUCUCAUUCUUGGAUCUCCACCUUCUAAGGUUUAUGGACAAUUACAACAACUCUCUAAGAGUAAAGUUUUAUAAAAUUGUAUAUUUUAAAAUUAAAAUAACAUAAGUUAUGACUUGUAUAAUUUAUUUUUUAAUAAAGUUCAGUUUAAUUACA